AAAACGUACCUUGGGACAGUACGCCUUUAAUCGUUGAGCGCUGGUUACCGAAGGAUGCUUUACCACACUGGAGUGUAAACAGCCACGCCAUACAUGUUGUCCUUGACAGAAACAAUGGCAAAGCGUCAAGCGAUCUCUACGUCGAAGUAGUUUCUACGAAGAUAAGGGAUGAUAUUAUGCGUACAAAGCAGCACUCUGUGCUUGAAUCAAGGGGCAGAUCGCGUUAUGUUAACAUUCUAGCUUCUUCUCAGGAUGAGCUUUUUAGAGCAAUUUUCCCGAGCUGGUGCAAUGACAACGGCGACUACUCCAAGCUCAUUUCUGAUCAUGAGUUGGGCACACUCAUUGAUCUCUGCGAGCGCGUUGGGAAGAAGGCUAUCCAGCAUAUGCCUCCAAAGAUGCAUUUCUGCAAGGAACAGCAGAAUCCAUUCAACAUGCUCAUGUCAAUCGUUAGCAAGAUGCCAUGGUCUUCGAUUCCAAGAGACAAGCGCAAGAACCUAUAUCGCCGUUACCAGAAUGCUUUAAAUGGUGAGGAUCGAGUUCUUAUGAUCAUGUCUAACAAUUGAUACAGACUGUGUAAAGAGUUGGUAUAGCGCUAUCAAGACCAAUGUAGCCCGCUGAAGUGUUUACAGAAUCGAUAGAGAUUAUUCUACUCCACAUCGAAGCGAAUGAAGAGAGUAUCGAUGUCCAGUUAUUGAUCCGAUUGGUGAGAUCCCCUAUGUCUAGAUGAGCUUUUUUGACACUAUCUAAGCUUACAGUAGCUUUCGCAUGUCCAGGUAGGGAUAUCUUAUUCCUUUUCAUUUUCCAGUUUCAUACCCAAAUAGCAUUCAAUGACGAGCAGAAAGAUGUCUUCCUUUUGAUGUCUAAACUGGAUGUAAACGCGCUACCAUCCGCUUCAAUUAGGCACUCUUAUGCGCCAAAAUUAGGUCUAGGACUAGGCGCUU